AUGAACACAAACUACUUCUCGGAGGAAUACAUCCCGGGAACCACUAAUAUCUUCUCCUCGUCCGAUGACUCGUCCAGCAACCACACGGGCAGACCAUUGAAGAAAAACAAGAAGGGUGUCAUUUUGCUUCCCCAGCCUUCUGACUCCGUCAAUGAUCCCCUUAACUGGCUGGCUCCUCGGAAAGCCUAUCAUUUUUUGGUUGUCUGUUACAUCACAGGCCUCACUGCCGCCAUUUCCAACGAUGCUGGUGCCGCUCAGGACUCCUUGAACCAGUUUUAUGGAAUCUCUUAUGAUGCCAUGAACACAGGUGCCGGUGUGCUUUUCUUGUUUAUCGGCUGGUCGUGUAUUUUCUUUGCCCCGGCUUCCUCGCUCUACGGCAGAAGAAUCACCUACUUGAUCUGUCUUUUGGCCGGUACUUUAGGUUCAGUCUGGUUUGCACUUUCCAAAAGAACAGCAGACACAAUCUGGUCCCAGGCGUUUGUGGGCAUGUCCGAAGCUUGUGCCGAGGCCCAGGCCCAGCAGUCGUUGGCAGACAUUUUCUUCCAGCACCAGCUAGGCUCGGUUUUGACCGUCUACAUUAUGGCAACCUCGGUGGGCUCUUUUCUUGGACCCUUGAUUGCACACUUGAUCUCAGAAAGCCAGACGUUCCGCUGGGUCGGCUGGUGGGGUGCCAUUAUCACUGGCGCCACGCUUGUGGUGGUUGGUUUCACCUGUGAAGAGACCGUUUUCGAUAGACUGAAGUACUUUCCUGUUUACGAUUCUCCCGAGGAAGCCGUGGCCAUGAUCGACGAUCCAGAAAGAGAUUUCAAGGACGAGAAGGAGAAGGAGAACACGGCCAUGGCGUCGGGAAACGAGAUUUUCGUGGAGAGAACCAGAAGACGGUCCAGACCAGCCAAGGAGGUGGACGAAGAGGCUGCUUUGGAGAAGGAGAAACCCAACUCGUACUGGAAGCAAAUUGCCCUUAUCACCCCCUCAGAGUACAUGGAGGGCUACGGCGUCAAACAGUACAUUGAGCGUUUUCUCGUCUACUUCAAGGUCUUCACCUUACCUGCGGUGUGGCUUUCUGGCUUGCUCUGGGGUUUGCAAGACGCCUACAUGUCGUUUUUCCUUACCACCCAGGACACGUUUUUCUACGAUGAGCCUUGGAACCUCAGCGAAACGGGUGUGGCUGUGAUGAACGUUGCAACAUUAAUUGGCGCUGUGAUUGGCUGUAUCAUGUCGGGUGUCAUUUCCGAUAAGCACGUUCUCUGGCUUGCCAAACGCAACAACGGUCUCUACGAGCCCGAGUACAGACUCUACCUUCUUUUCAUCACCAUGAUCAUUUCUCCCGUGGGUUUGAUCAUGUUUGGUGUAGGUGCAGACAGAGAAUGGCCAGGCUGGGUUGUUUACGGAGGUCUUGCAUUUAUUGGAUUUGGCUGGGGCUCUAUCGGUGACACCGCCAUGUCGUACCUCAUGGACUGCUACCCAGAAAUCGUCAUCCAGGGCAUGGUGGGUGUCUCCAUCAUCAACAACACCUUGGCGUGCAUUUUCACAUUUACAUGCUCUCUCUGGUUGAACUCCGCUGGAACCCAGAACACAUACAUUGCUUUGGCCGUAAUUGACUUUGUCACCAUUGCUUGCAUCAUCCCCACGCUCUACUACGGAAAGAGCUGGAGAAAGUGGUCCAAGGGCCUCUACGUGCAAUUGGUCGAGCUCACCCAGGGAAUGGGUUAA